AUGGUGAAUGAGUUGAAAGUGCAACGACAACUCAAUAAAAAGGAUCUUGAUGUGCUCAAUGAUUUAAAUUUGGAGAUGCUGAGAAUUAUUACCCGGAAAUGUAUGCUCGUUAAAUGGUCAAUGCCUCCGUCAGGAUGGAUUAAGCUCAAUUGCAAUGGGAGUUGUCAGAAUAAUCCUUCAGGAGGUGGGGGUAUCUUGCAGGAUAUGGAUGGUAAUUUUAAAGCAGCCUUCUCAUCUCAUUUUGGUCUUGGAACAAAUAAUAAAGCUGAAUUGAGAGCUAUUUUGGAAGGGAUUCGGCUUUGUAAAAGCCUAUCUUUUUCAAAGAUCAUUAUUGAAAGUGAUUCUAAUUUGAUUGUGGAUUGGCUCAGGUCAGGGAAAUGCACUCUUUGGCAUUUAUGGAACUAUUGGAAUGAGCUUAGUCAUGAAUUGCAAGGAACGGAUACUCGUGUCAUUCAUCAAUUACGUGAAGGGAACCAAGCGGCUGACUUUUUAGCUAAACAAGUUGAGAGCUGGGCGUUGGAGGUUGAGCAGCAAGCAGCCAUUGUGCUUGCUUGGGCAGGGAUUUCAACAAAAGCUACGUCAAUUUGA